AUGGCUGACACCAACGUUGAUGUUCUCGUCAUUGGCAUGGGCCCAACGGGUCUGGGUGCCGCCAAGCGUCUCAACCACAUCAACGGUCCCUCGUGGCUGAUUGUCGACUCUGGCAACAAGGCUGGUGGUCUCGCCGCCACGGAUGUUACUCCUGAAGGCUUCCUGUACGAUGUGGGCGGCCACGUCAUUUUCUCCCACUACAAGUUCGAUGACUGCAUCGAGGAGGCCCUCCCCAAGGAGGACGACUGGUUCGACCACCAGCGUAUCUCCUACGUCCGCUACAAGGGCCUCUGGGUCCCUUACCCCUUCCAGAACAACAUCUCCAUGCUGCCCAAGGAGGACCAGGUCGCUGCCAUCGAUGGCCUCAUCGACGCUGCUAUGGAGAGCGCCGUCACCAAGUCAAAGCCCAAGAACUUUGACGAGUGGAUUGUGCGCCAGAUGGGUGACCACAUUGCCAACAUCUUCAUGCGCCCCUACAACUACAAAGUCUGGGCCGUCCCCACCAAGGAUAUGGGAAGUGACUGGCUCGGCGAGCGUGUAGCUGCCCCCAACGUCAAGCUCGUCGCCAAGAACGUUAUCCUGAACAAGACUGCUGGUAACUGGGGCCCUAACGCCACCUUCCGUUUCCCUGCCCGGGACGGUACCGGUGGUAUCUGGAUCGCCGUUGCCAACACGCUGCCCAAGGAGAAGAAGCGCUUCGGAAAGUCAGGUGAGGUCGCCAAGGUCGACGCCGACAACAAGGUCGUCACCAUGGGCGAUGGCUCCAAGAUUGGCUACAAGAAGCUCAUCUCCACCAUGAACGUCGACCAGCUCGUCGAGAAGAUGGGCAGCCAGGAGCUCGUCAGCAUCUCUAAGGGUCUCUACUACUCCUCGACACACGUUAUCGGCGUUGGUCUCCGUGGAAGCCGCCCUGACCGCAUUGGUGACAAGUGCUGGCUGUACUUCCCCGAGGACAACUGCCCCUUCUACCGGGCCACCAUCUUCUCCAACUACUCCCCUUACAACCAGCCUCAGUCGGACGUCAAGCUGCCGACCCUGUACAAGGCCAAUGGCAGCAAGGCGGACUCGAGCGAGGCCAAGGAGGGUCCUUACUGGUCCAUCAUGCUCGAGGUGUCCCAAUCCACCAAGAAGCCCGUUGACGAGGCGAACAUCCUCAAGGACUGCAUUCAGGGCUUGAUCAACACUGAGAUGAUCCUGCCCGAUGACGAUAUCGUGUCCACGUACCACCGCAAGUUCGACCACGGAUACCCCACACCCGCCCUGGAGCGUGAUGGCGUCCUGAAGGAGCUCCUGCCCAAGCUGCAGGCCAAGGACAUCUUCUCCCGUGGUCGUUUCGGCAGCUGGAAGUACGAGGUCGGCAACCAGGACCACUCCUUCAUGCUAGGUGUCGAGGCCGCCGACCACAUCGUCAACGGCGCCGUCGAGCUGACGCUCAACUACCCUGACUUCGUCAACAGCCGCGCCAACACCGAGCGCCGCCUUGAGCAGUCGUACGCAUUCUUCCAGCCCCCCAACUAA